CACUACUAUUUUUUGUCGGGAAUGAGGAGUUGCAGAUCAUCCAUUCUCUUGGUGCUUAGUCUUAUAACAGUUCUGAAUGCCGCACGAGCUGGUUCUGAGAGCAAGGUUCAUAUAGUGUAUCUCGGCGAGAAGCAGCAUCAUGAUCCUGAGUUUGUCACAAAAUCUCAUCACCAAAUGCUUGUGUCACUUCUUGGAAGUAAAAAGGAUGCUGAUGACUCAAUGGUGUAUAGUUACCGACAUGGCUUUUCAGGUUUUGCGGCCAAGCUCACCAAGUCCCAAGCCAAAAAAAUCGCUGAUUUACCUGAAGUUGUUCAUGUCAUACCGGAUGGUUUCCAUGAACUCGCGACAACACGGACAUGGGACUACUUAGGCCUUUCUGCUGCCAAUCCAAAGAAUCUCCUAAAUGAUACAAACAUGGGUGACCAAGUUAUCAUUGGCGUUAUUGACACAGGAGUGUGGCCAGAGUCUGAAUCAUUUAAUGAUAAUGGGGUUGGACCAAUACCACGGAAAUGGAAAGGAGGAUGUGAAUCAGGAGAAAACUUCAGAUCAACAAAUUGCAAUAGAAAGCUCAUAGGAGCCAAGUACUUUAUCAACGGGUUUCUUGCUAAAAACAAAGGAUUCAACUCCACAAAAUCCCCUGACUACAUUUCCGCUAGAGACUUUGAUGGCCAUGGCACGCAUGUCGCCUCCAUUGCGGGUGGUUCAUUUGUUCCCAACGUAAGCUAUAAAGGCCUUGCUGGAGGAACCUUGAGAGGUGGUGCACCUCGUGCUCGUGUAGCAAUGUACAAGGCUUGUUGGUUUCAGGAAGAGCUAGAAGGAGUUACUUGUUCAAAUUCUGACAUCAUGAAAGCAAUUGAUGAAGCUAUGCAUGAUGGUGUUGAUGUUUUGUCAAUCUCUCUUGUUGGUCGAGUUCCUCUGAAUUCUGAAACCGAUCUACGUGAUGAGUUUGCUACUGGAUUAUUCCAUGCUGUGGCGAAGGGCAUUGUAGUUGUUUGUGCAGGUGGUAACGCUGGUCCAGCAGCUCAGACUGUGGUAAACAUAGCUCCUUGGAUCAUAACAGUGGCUGCAACCACUCUAGACCGGUCCUUUCCCACUCCUAUUACACUUGGGAACAAUAAAGUGAUCUUGGGUCAAGCAACGUACACAGGUCCGGAACUUGGCUUAACUAGUUUGUUUUACCCAGAGGAUGAAAGGAACAGUAAUGAGACCUUUAGCGGUGUGUGUGAGUCCCUUAAUCUCAACCCUAACCGUACAAUGGCCGGGAAAGUUGUGUUGUGUUUCACAACCUCAAGAACUAACGCUGCAAUAUAUAGAGCUUCAUCUUUUGUGAAGGCAGCUGGUGGUCUUGGCUUGAUCAUCUCAAGAAACCCGGCGUUCACUCUCGCGUCAUGUAACGAUGAUUUCCCAUGUGUUGCCAUUGACUACGAGCUCGGGACCGAUAUACUUUCUUACAUACGUUCCACCAGAUCACCUGUUGUGAAGAUACAACCUUCUACAACACUCUCUGGACAACCAGUUGGGACAAAGGUGGUAAACUUCUCAUCAAGAGGACCUAACUCGAUGUCCCCGGCGAUACUAAAACCCGACAUAGCAGCACCAGGAGUAAGGAUAUUAGCUGCUACAUCUCCCAAUGACACCUUAAAUGUCGGUGGAUUUGCUAUGCUUUCAGGAACGUCAAUGGCUACUCCAGUUAUCUCAGGAGUUAUUGCACUUCUCAAAGCUUUGCAUCCUGAUUGGUCUCCUGCUGCUUUUAGAUCAGCCAUUGUCACUACAGCUUGGAGGACAGAUCCAUUUGGAGAACAGAUUUUUGCAGAAGGGUCAUCUCGCAAAGUAGCUGAUCCGUUCGAUUAUGGUGGAGGCCUUGUGAACCCAGAGAAAGCUGCAGAACCCGGUCUCAUAUACGACAUGGGUCCGCAAGACUACAUUCUCUACUUAUGUUCUGCCGAUUACAACGAGUCAUCUAUCUCUCAACUUGUCGGCCAAGUAACUGUCUGCUCAAACCCCAAACCUUCCGUUCUUGAUGUCAAUUUGCCUUCAAUCACCAUUCCAAACCUCAAAGACGAGGUCACUGAUGCCAGAACCGUCACUAACGUGGGACCAUCUAACUCGGUUUACAAAGUCGCGGUCGAGCCUCCUCUUGGGGUUAGAGUGGUUGUGACGCCUGAGACACUAGUUUUUAACUCCAAAACCAAAAGUGUCUCCUUCACGGUUCUUGUCUCGACCACACACAAAAUCAACACUGGAUUCUACUUUGGUAGCUUGACUUGGACUGACUCUGUCCAUAAUGUGGUCAUUCCUCUGUCUGUGAGAACGCAGAUUCUGCAAAACUACUAUGAUGAGAACUGAUUAUUUAUGGAUCUUAAAAUAUGUGUUUGUGCGAAUAAAGCAUUAAUAAGUCAAAGGUGAUCCCUCUGCGUUUGGAUCUCUCAACCCAUAUUAUUUGAU